AUGAAGCGCCGCCGCUACAUCCGCGACGGCUACGACCUCGACCUCAGCUACAUCACGGACCGCGUGGUGGCCAUGUCGUACCCGGCGGAGAGCCUGGAGGCCAUGUUCCGCAACCCCAUGUGGCAGGUGCAGCGCUUCCUCGCCGCCAACCACGCCCACCACUUCAAGUGGUACGACCCGUCGUACUUCGGCGGGCGCGUGGAGCGGUUUCCGUUCGACGACCACGGCGUGCCGGCGCUGGAGCUGGUGAGGGCGCUGUGCGAGAGCGCGCAGGACUGGCUCGACCGCUGCCACGACAACAUCAUCGUCGUGCACUGCAAGGUGCAAACCCCGCCGCGCCUGCUCCCCAAAGCACUCCCGCCCGUGCCCCUCCCGCGCCCUCUCCCUUUCCGUCCCCCGUCCCUGCCUUUGUUUGAGACGCGUCGCAAGAGCAAGCAGGCCCCCCCAACCCCAUGUGCGUGGCGCGCGUGUGUGCAGGCGGGCAAGGGGCGGACGGGCGUGAUGGUGUGCUGCCUGCUGCUGCUGGCGGGCAUGACCACGGACGACGCCCUCGCACUCUACGCCGACCGCCGCACCCUCAACCGCGCCGGGGUGACGAUCCCCAGCCAGGUGCGGUACGUGCGGUACUGGGCUCGCCUCGUGGCAGACGCGCACCGCAACGCCGCGCCCAUCACGCUGCCACCGCCCACGCCGCGCACCAUACGGCGCGUGCGGCUGUACGGCAUGACGGGGCUGGACCGCGUGGACUUCGUCAUCUGCACUCUCGAUGAGGCGGACAAGGAGCGGUACAGUGCGGCAGUGGAGCGGUGCAGGGGCACGUUUUUCCCCUCCUUCCCCUUCUCCCACCCUCUCCACUUGCCCCUUACCUCUAUCCCGUCCACCCCCCGACCCCUCCCCCCUGCACGGGAGCAGCUGUCCCUGGGCGAGGUGGACAAGCCGUCGGGGCGGCUGCUGAGGGCGUGCGACAGCAGCUUCUGCAUGGAGGUGCUCUUUGCGCAGGACUGCUGCUCCCAGCCCCCACCCUCCCCCGCCGCUGCCCGCCCUCGCCUCACACAAGCUGGCUCGUGA